AUGCGGCUCUCCACAACUCAAUUAUUACGAUGGACAAAUCCGGUCAGGCACGUCGUCAAUGGCCAGUGGACGACUACUCACUACACCAUCAAGGACAGAGCCAAAGAUCCAAGAUGGAAGGACAUUGAUAUGAAAAGAGAAAGUGAUCAAUACGAUGUAGUGAUAGUUGGUGGAGGACCGGGUGGGAUGUCUGCAGCAAUUCGAUUGAAGCAACUCGCAGAAAAGGAAGGGAAAGAAGUGAGGGUUUGUGUUGUGGAGAAAGCCCCGGAAGUAGGUGCUCACACUCUCUCAGGAGGUGUGAUCGAAACGAAAGCGCUCGAAGAACUGUUUCCGAAUUGGAAAGAUAUGGGGGCUCCUGUUUUCGAACAAGUCAAGAAGGAAUCAGUGGCUCUUCUCACGAAAAACAGACGCAUUCCUAUUCCAAUGUUCCCUGGCAUGCCUCUCUAUAAUCACGGGAAUUAUAUUGUCCGCCUUGGUCACGUUGUGAGAUGGUUAGGCGAACAAGCAGAGGCCGCAGGUGUUGAAAUCUGGCCUGGCGUAGCUGCUUCCGAGGUUUUGUAUCACGAAGAUGGCAGUGUAAAAGGAAUUGCUACAAACGAUGUUGGGAUUGCGAAGGAUGGAUCCCCGAAGAUUCUGGAGAAGUUCAAGCUGGCUAAUCAUCCCAUGUCUUUUGGUAUUGGACUCAAAGAGCUGUGGCAGUUAGACCCGUCAAAGCACAAGCCAGGCUAUAUUGAGCACACCAUGGGGUGGCCUCUGGCCAUGGACCAGUACGGCGGGUCAUUCAUAUACCAUAUCUUUGACGAAGGACUACCGCUAGCGCAAGUUGGCUUCGUGGUGGCUUUGGACUACCGUAACACGUAUAUAAACCCAUUCCAAGAAAUGUGUGCACGUUAUCGUAACACUGUGAUUCAACCAGCUAGUGCGACAAGCAUCGGCGGUGAACCAUCGACCUCAGCGUUCACACAGCCGAAUAAAGCUUGUACCGCUGAGGAUUUAAACGAGAUUUCACGAACGACGUUGUUACUGAUGGUCGAGUGGGCAAAAGCUCUGCAACCGUUCCCGAAUCUUAUUAUGGAGGACAAGAUCAUUCUUCUGAAAAAUUAUGCUCCACAACAUUUGAUUUUGAUGCCGGCCUUCAGGGUUCUUGACGAAAUCGUGUGGCCGAUGCGUCAGCUACAAAUGCGCGAAGAAGAAUUCGUUUGUCUGAAAGCCUUGGCUUUUCUGCACCCUGAAGCGAAAGGACUCACGCCAUCAAGUCAAACACAAGUAAGAGAGGCUCGCAACCGAGUGCUAAAAUCACUUUAUGCGUUCAUAUUGGAAAAUAACCGUGAAGAAGCACCAACCAGAUACGGCAACAUCUUGCUGUUGGCACCAGCUUUGAAAGCACUCACGCAGUUGCUGAUAGAGAAUAUGACGCUUACGAAGUUCUUUGGACUGGCGGAGGUUGAUUCGUUGUUAUCGGAGUUCAUUCUUGACGACGUCAACAGUCAAAGUGCAGCACCAGAUAGUUUACAAGCACAUCUUACGUCACCGACUUCUCUGUCAAAUACCAUCGCCACGCCGAUUGUAACGGGAAUGUCGCCAGUGGAUGGGAACAAUGUAGUGGUGAGCUCGGAUGCGAAUGGUACUAGCACCGUGAUGACAAUACUGUGA